ACCCGGAACUGGCGGCCGCAGGUGACGGCUUCAGGUGCAGUCGAAAAACGGGGAGGAUUCGAGGAAGAAAACAGAGCAGUUCCUUCAUGUUUUUUAGCCGUCCGUGUGUAAAAUGGAGAUCUCUGAGGAGGCGAUACUGAGGGCGCUGAUAGAAGAAGGCGGACAGGUGAAGAACUCGGAGUUACUGGCUCAGUUCAAAACUCAGCUAAACUGCAGUGAUCCGGCGGAGAAGAAACAGAACCGAGACCUCUUCAAGACUUUCGUCAACAACGUUGCCGUGGUGAAAGAGUUUGAAGAGGUCAAGUACAUCGUCCUGAAGAAGAAAUAUCACCAUUUACUGACGCAACCCGGUGAUGGCAGUGCUCAGAAAAGGGAGAGUGAGGAAGGUCAACUGGAUAAACCAGGACAACACCCAGCAGGAGAGGAAAACAGGGAGGACAGUCAUGCUGAAGGUGAAGAAGCUAAGGCACCCGGCCCGAACAAGCCAGAAGAGCAAGUUCAGCCAGAUAAGGAAGGUGACUCCCCAAACACCAGCCAGCCACGCUCUCCCAUAGAGCUGGCCUUCGAAAGGAUCAAGUCUGUGGACGUCAAAGCCAAGAGGUCCUUACAGUUCGUGGUUCCGCUCAAGUUGAGCGCAGAUGACACCCAGCAGCUUAGACCCAGCCAGGCAAGCACCAGCAAGCCGUUUGCACUGCCGUUAAGAAUGCCUCCAGUGGUCAUCACUGCUUGUCCUGAAGUGAAUGCCCCCAAAGAGCAUUUGGCACCACCAAGGUCAAUGCUGGAGCCUCCUAGUUCACCCAGAUAUAAGAGGAGGCCGUCUACAGACAGUAUGGCAGGCGCCAGUUCACCACAAACCAGGAGACACUGCAAGAGCAUGAGGCCGGUCGAUGAGCCCAAAUACGGCGACACAUUCCCACUAGAAACCACAGAGCAUGAGUGGCUGGUGUCGUCCGCAGUGGGACACUGGGGUCUGCUGUAUGGCCACCUGCUCAAUGACACUCAGCUGGCGGAGAAGAGGGACUUCGUGUCCGGCUUCACGGCCCUUCACUGGGCGGCCAAGUGCGGCAACAGCGACAUGGUAUGUAAACUGAUCGAGCUGUCCAAAGAGAAGGGCAAGGGGGUGGAUGUGAAUGGCAAAUCUUUUGCUGGUUACACACCGCUGCACAUUGCUGCCCUGCAUGAUCAGGAGUACAUCAUGAACCUCCUGGUACAGCACUAUGGAGCGGAUCCUAAUGUCCGGGACAACUGCGGCAAGAAGCCGCACCACUACCUGCACAAGGGUGUAUCCACAAAGCUGCGGGAGCUCCUCGGAGCACCGAAGGUCAAAGUUCAAGGCCCAGAGCCGCAGAAGAGCGCUGAGGAGCCUGAGGCGCACAGACACUCCCACACCAUCAGCAGACUCUUCCAGCCUCAUACAAUCGGGUACAAGAAGAAGCCCAAGGUCAGGGGCUCCUUCCUGUCUGUGGCUGAGGAAGGGAGGGACGAGAGGGAUGAGCACCCUUCACCCAUGCACAGGGUUCUGUCUGACGUGUUUUCCUAAGCAUUACUUAUGCUAAAUUAAAACAACAUUAACCCCUUGUA